CAGCACGGUGUUCAUUGGCUGAAUGUGACCCGAGCGCCUUGCCCCGGUGAGAGGACGGAAGGGGUGACGUUUGCAGAGGAGUGUGCUUUGCGUCACGGAUUCGCUCCCGCCCUCGACUCCCGUGGGACCGGCUGGUGAGGCGAGGAGGAUGCAGCGUCCAGCCCGGCCGUCCUAGCGCCACAGACACCCUUCCGUUCCUGUCCUUGGUGCCGGCCUCCUCAUGACUCCGCUGUGACCGGACCUGCACUACAAGGAGAGGCCUCCGCGGGGAAGGAGGGGAGUGCGGCUGCUCGGAGUACCCAACCUCCGCUGCCAUGGGAAAUACCGUCACCUGUUGUGUGUCUCCGGACGCCAGUCCUAAGCCCGGCCGUGCUCGUGGAGUGACAGAGCGGGCUGAUCCGUACCAGGUGGAAGUGGAGCUCGGGGAGACUGAGCCCGGGCCUCAUCUGCAACACAUCAGCGACCGCGAGUUCCCGGAUGACCUUGCACCGGAGUCUAACCCAUCUGACCAUGCAAGAGCUAGCACAAUUUUUCUCAGCAAGUCUCAGACUGAUGUGCGAGAAAAGAGGAAGAGUAACCAUAUAAAUCAUGUCUCUCCCGGGCAGCUUACAAAGAAGUAUAGCUCAUGUUCCACAAUAUUCCUAGAUGACAGCACAGUCAGUCAGCCUAACCUCAGAAGCACAAUUAAAUGUGUUACAUUAGCAAUAUAUUACCAUAUAAAGAACAGGGAUUCUGAUCGAUCCUUGGAUAUAUUUAAUGAAAAACUACAUCCUUUAACACGUGAAGAAGUAACAGAUGAGUACUGUAAACACGACCCGGAUCAUAAGCACAUUUACCGAUUUGUACGAACUCUGUUCAGUGCAGCCCAGCUCACAGCUGAGUGUGCAAUAGUCACUUUAGUUUACUUGGAAAGACUUUUGACAUAUGCUGAAAUUGAUAUAUGCCCCUGUAACUGGAAGAGAAUUGUACUGGGAGCAAUCUUGCUGGCUUCUAAAGUUUGGGAUGAUCAGGCUGUGUGGAAUGUAGACUACUGCCAGAUACUAAAGGAUAUUACUGUAGAAGACAUGAAUGAAAUGGAGAGGCACUUCCUUGAGCUGCUGCAGUUCAACAUUAAUGUCCCUGCCAGCGUAUAUGCCAAAUACUACUUUGACCUGCGAUCUCUUGCGGAUGAUAAUAACCUUAGUUUUCUUCUGGAACCCCUCAGCAACGAAAGGGCACAGAAACUAGAGGCCAUCUCCAGGCUAUGUGAGGAUAAGUACAAAGACUUAUCUAAAGCUGCGAUGAGGAGGUCUAUCAGUGCUGACAACCUAGUGGGAAUUCGGCGUACUCAUGCCAUUAUUUCCUGAUGCAAGCUCAACAGGAAUGAGGCACAGCUACAACACUAUUGGUGUGCAACAUGAACUUCAGGCACUACCAAGCUUCCCACACUCUCUUCUGUACACUAUAUUGAGCCAGCAGUGUCUUCCAGCACAAGGGUUGUGGGGGGCAAGAGAAAUUGAAUCCAGGGACGCUACAAACCCUUUUUGAAAACGAAGGAGCAUACACCAUGGGAACCGAGAAGAGAGUCUUGUAAAGAGCAGCACACCGGCUUUACACAGAAUAACAAGUGGUGUAUCAAAAGUGAAAUCAUUUUCUCAGACAUCCCUCAACCACCUACAUUUGUAUGCUUACUGUGUAGGCCUAUAGCUGUGACCGAUAUUUUUAACACUAUAUAGAUUGACGUUUAGACGCUAAAACACUAAUUGUGUAUCUUUUUUUGGACUUUUUUGUCCUGUUGCCCACUUUUAUUUUCUAUUCAUUUUGGAUUCAGUUGUACAUGAUGUUUUAAUAUUUAUCUUUCCAAACCAUGCAAAGCCAUAGUUGAGCAAACAAAAAAGCUCAGUCGGAGGGAAAAAAUAAAACAUUUUUUUUCUUUUUAUGCUGGGAUAUUUCAGAAUGUUUGUAAUAAAUCUGGUUAUUUCUCUGUGCAAUGUUUCAACUUACCGCAAUCUACCAGCGCAACCACCAGAAUGGGUUGGUUAAUAUGAUGACUGUCCAAAGAAGGUUUUUUUUUUUUUUUUGGAACUGGCAUGUACUACUGUAACUAAUGGUGCUCCCCCAUAAAUUAUGCAUUUUAAGACACUGCAAAACAAAAUAAACUUUAAACUUUUUUAAAUUUUACACCACUUGCUCAUCUCUCAGUGAUGUAAAGAUGUAUUUUGUGCACUACCUGCUGCUAAUUGAUGGUCCUUUUAGUGCUGUCUUCUCUUGAACUGAAAUUUUACUUACCGUGCACACUUUAUUCAUAUCUGUGGAAGAUGCAAAGAGCUCUGUUCUACCCUAACUAAUGAAUACAGCAUGUCUGUAUAUAAACAUUGGAAGUCUUACUGUGAUCAUUUCAGAGACAUGACACUGUACUUUUAGUUUCAAGAUCAGUAGUAUGUAUCGUGGUUGGUCAAUGCCAAAUUCAGUCAGAGCUACAGAUAUGUUGGUUAUAAUAUAGUCCUUACAUACUACCAUAAAGACAAAAUCUGAUAAUUUGCGUAAUUCCUGAUGAUAAAGCCAAUAAAAAUUAGUCUG